AUCCGUGCGCCGCCCGAGGCUGGCUAAGGAGUCGGCGGCCAUUUUGUUCUUCUCGUGGUUCCAGUGGGGAGAGAAGGAGGAAGCAGGGAGCGGGGCGGUUGGGGUGGACCCGCCGCGGCUUUUGCCACCGCCGCCACCACCAUCUCUGUGCUCGUGGCGUGGGAAAGGAGGUGUAAAUCCCGGGCGCGAGCCGGCGGCGGCGCCACUGCGGGAGGGUCGGCGGUGGGAAGGCGAUGGCGGAUAUAGAUAAACUCAACAUCGACAGCAUCAUCCAACGGCUGCUGGAAGUGAGAGGGUCCAAGCCUGGUAAGAAUGUCCAGCUACAGGAGAAUGAAAUCAGAGGACUGUGCUUAAAGUCCCGGGAGAUCUUUCUCAGUCAGCCUAUCCUACUAGAACUUGAAGCACCACUCAAAAUAUGUGGUGAUAUCCAUGGACAAUACUAUGAUUUGCUUCGACUUUUUGAGUACGGUGGUUUCCCGCCAGAAAGCAACUACCUGUUUCUUGGGGACUAUGUGGACCGGGGAAAGCAGUCAUUGGAGACUAUCUGCCUCUUAUUGGCUUACAAAAUCAAAUAUCCUGAGAAUUUUUUUCUUCUCAGAGGAAACCACGAAUGUGCCAGCAUCAAUAGAAUUUAUGGAUUUUAUGAUGAAUGUAAAAGAAGAUAUAACAUUAAACUAUGGAAAACUUUCACAGACUGCUUUAACUGUUUACCGAUAGCAGCCAUCGUGGAUGAGAAAAUAUUCUGCUGUCAUGGAGGUUUAUCACCAGAUCUUCAAUCUAUGGAGCAGAUUCGGCGAAUUAUGCGACCAACUGACGUACCAGAUCAAGGUCUUCUUUGUGAUCUUUUGUGGUCUGACCCCGAUAAAGAUGUCUUAGGCUGGGGUGAAAAUGACAGAGGAGUGUCCUUCACAUUUGGUGCAGAAGUGGUUGCAAAAUUUCUCCAUAAGCAUGAUUUGGAUCUUAUAUGUAGAGCCCAUCAGGUGGUUGAAGAUGGAUAUGAAUUUUUUGCAAAGAGGCAGUUGGUCACUCUGUUUUCUGCACCCAAUUAUUGUGGAGAGUUUGACAAUGCAGGUGCCAUGAUGAGUGUGGACGAAACACUAAUGUGUUCUUUUCAGAUUUUAAAACCUGCAGAAAAAAAGAAGCCGAAUGCCACGAGGCCCGUAACACCUCCAAGGGUUACAUCAGGCCUGAACCCGUCCAUUCAGAAAGCUUCAAAUUAUAGAAACAAUACUGUUCUAUACGAGUGACUGAUUAUGCUUUCUUUGGCCUGCAUUCUUUAUUCUGCGGUGAAGUUGAGGCUUAUAAGUCAAAACAAAGGAACUAACUUAACUAUCCAGCAGUUUAUACAGAACUCACAGUAUCUAUGACUUUUUUAAACUAAGAUCUGUUAAAAAGAAAUCUGUUUCAACAGAUGACCAUGUACAAUACCAUGUGGUGAAAAUAAAUUCAGACUUAUUAAAUGAUGAACUUGUUAAAUUCUCUCAGUGUCAGUUUAUCAGCACAAUACAUACAGGAGAACUGUUGAUGGCAUAUUGAGUAGCCUUUAAUGAAUAAAUUGCUCUGGAAACCACA